AUGUCAUUGGCAGAAGGAACAGUAGAUGAAUAUUCUACAAUUUUGCCAAAAUUAGAUUAUUUAAUUCAUGUGAGUAUCAAAUAUGCAAGAUGCUUUAAUAACACUGAUGAAAAAAAUUUGAGCCAUCUCGUGAAACAUUUGUUCAGUUCAAAAUCAUUAAAAUCGUUUUCUCUGCGUGACGGAUACUGUAAAAUACGCAAAGAAGAUUUGUCUGAUACACCGUCAAACAUCAAAGUGAUUGACAUUCAGUUACAGACAUUAAAUGAUUUGACAGAAUUAGUAUGUAAUGUCUCGAAAUUGAGAAAACUCUCAGUUGGAAUCUUCAAUGAUUUAUUCGACGGCGAUAUCACAGUAUUAUUUCAAUGUUUAACUGAUUUAAGUUUAUCGAUUUACAACAUCGAAAGUGACACAUCAGUAAUGAAUAUAUUGAAAUAA